AUCAAACCUAGAGGAGGUCAAAAGAAUUAACAAGCAACGACAAGAAAAGCAAGGAGAGAACGGAACAAAACAGAACAAAGAAUAAUACUUUGGUAGAAAGUGUUGUUGUUAAAACUGCACCGAACCUGGUCAUCCCAUCAUGAUUCUUAUCUCAUCUCUAUCCCAUUAUAAGUUUUCAUUCCAUUCCAGAUUCUCCCUCAAUUCCUCCCUCUCUUCCCACUUCCUCACCCAAGAGACGCUCCUUCUGUAGUCUUCCGAUGAAAUUCGGGAAAGAGUUUAAGACCCAUCUGGAGGAGACACUGCCGGAGUGGAGGGACAAGUUCCUCUGUUACAAGCCCCUCAAGAAGCUCCUCAAAAGGCUACCUUCCAACCCUACUCCCGAUCCUCGCCCUCAAUUCGCUGACACCACCAAUACUUCUGCCGCUGUAUAUCCCCUUCCUCAUCAACAGGAUCACGGUGGUAGCCACCUCCGGAUUCCCUUGCAGGAUUGGUUUGUUAAAAUCCUAAAUGAAGAACUGGAAAAGUUCAACGAUUUUUACGUUGAUAAAGAGGAGGACUUUGUUAUUCGCUUUCAGGAGUUGAAGGAAAGAAUUCAGCAAGUGAAAGAUACCAGCGGCAGGGGUGGAGUUUUUACUUCAGAGAGUGAAUUUAGUGAAGAAAUGAUGGACAUGCGUAAGGACCUUGUUAUCAUUCAUGGGGAGAUGGUACUUCUCAAGAACUAUAGUGCUCUUAAUUUUGCAGGGCUUAUAAAAAUCUUGAAGAAAUAUGAUAAGAGAACUGGGGGAUUAUUGCGUCUACCUUUCACUCAAGUUGCACUUCAUCAGCCUUUCUUUACAACAGAGUCUCUCACAAGGCUAGUCCGGGAGUGUGAGGAAAAUCUGGAACUUCUUUUCCCAUUGGAGGCAGAAGUCAUUCAAUCCACUACUGCAGUACAAGGCGUGUCAAACUCAACUUCAAAUGUUUCAGUAGAUACUUCCUCAACUCUAGUAGGAGAGGAAACCAUGGAUGUAUAUCGCAGUACACUUGCCGCAAUAGAAGCUAUACGAGGCCUACAGAAGUCAAGUUCCACAUGCAAUCCAUUGUCUUUCUCUUCUCUCCUCAGGGGGCAGGAUAAUGAUAGUGAAGGUGCUUUAACAGCCGAAAACUCUGAUAUAAACUCUUCAGCUACUCAACAAAAUGAUAAGGAAGGAGACAAGGAAGAUGCCCAGUCUGUGAGCAAAAACCCUUAGAAUCUCAGUCUUGGUGCUUAAAUUGUGUUUUGAUUUUUCUUCUAAUAGCUGUGAACUGAAUAAUGUACUUGAAGCUGUGUUCACGAUCAAUUGCACAGUAUAUGAGCAAGAUCAAGAAUUGAGAUUGCCAUUUGGUUAAUAAAUUUUUACAUCCACU